AGAUCUAUUGAUUUGGUGAGCAAUGUUGACAGUACGUGACAUUUAUAAUCAGCCCUGAAUAUAUAUAGGUGUCUACAUAGUCAUAAAGGCUUCAUUUGUAUGUGUGUUAGGGCUGAAUCUUGACUAUUCCAUGUAGACAAAUUGGUGAACAUUUCAUAUCCAAUCAUUCUGUAUGAAAGAUCUGGCGUCUUAGAUCUAGAGCAGCUCUGACACUUAGUUUUUUAUGUUCAUCACACAUAACUUCCCUAGUUAUCUACUUUCACUUGACUAUCCUAAGUUACACUUGUGGAGGGCCUAUAAGCUUGAAGCAUAGGCCUAUCUGAAGAUAGGCCUAAUUGGUGUUCAAAAAAAAACAUGAUGUAUGCCAAGAAUAACUUUUGGAAAACCAAAAGCAAAAGUUCAAACAGAUCUGGAGUAAAAAUGAACUGCAAGGAAGCAACUUGCCACUGCCCUAGACAUACAUUUGGUUGUAGACAGAACAUUAGCAGGCCAUUGAUUACAUUCAGAGGAUUAGAUGGGCAUAAACAAAAUAUUAUUUUAGGAAAGAAGGUUGGGAAGUUUGGCCAUAGUGAUGUCUUCUUAGGAAAAGAUGCAAGCUCAGGGGAACUAAUUGCAAUACUUAACAUGGUGGCAAACUGGAGAACAUUAGAUAUUACAAAAGCAAACAAAAUUGAUAUGAUUGUGAAGCUAAAAAGGUACUUAAAGCUAUUGCUAAGUCUCAAGCACCCUUUGCUAUGCCAGUAUAAAGGAUGGCAUUACACCUCUACUUCCAAAAAAGUGAGAGUUUAUAUCCUAGUCGAAUAUUGUGGUGGCUCUAGUCUGUCUGCAGUCUUCAAGAAAAACUGUGAUCACAAGUUACCCUUGGAACUAGUGAGAAUGUACACACAUGAGUUGCUCAUAGCAUUAGAAUAUCUUCACCAUCAUUCACUGGCUCACAGAAAUUUGACUGUAUCCAAUGUUUUUCUAAAUCAAAAUGGGAAACUAAAAUUAGCAGGCUAUGGACUAACUAAAAGAAUCAGGGACAUGUGUAAACAUUUUUCAUUUAACAUGACUGACAAACGAGAAGAUGUUUAUUCUCUAGGAUUGAUGAUUUCAUCUCUACUCAUUGAAGAGGCUCAGGUAAAAAAUAAAACUGUGGUUCCAGAACAUUUUCCUGAUGUUUUGAAGGAUUUCUUGUCCAGGUGCUUAGACAUACACAAGUUCCCACAUCUAACAAUUCAAGAACUAUUGCAUCAUGAGUUUAUUUCUAAGCAUUUUCCACAAACAUUAGCAUUGAAAAUCAAAUCUGAGAGAAGAAAAAAUAGUUUAGAGCAGAGUUGCAGUUUAUAUGCAGAUCAGAAAGAAAGAAAUGUUACAUUGGUGCCAUGCUCAACAAAUAGGUCAUCAAGAUUACAUUCUGAAUUUGAAAUAAUCAAAGUCCUUGGGAAAGGAGGUUUCGGAGAUGUCUUAAAGGUAAGAAACAAGAUUGAUGGUGGACUCUAUGCAAUCAAGAAAAUUGUUCUCAAUCCUAAAAGUAAAAAAUUCAAUGAUAAAAUGUUGAGGGAAGUCAAGCUGUUGUCACAGAUGAAACAUGAGCAUGUUGUCAGGUAUUACUGUUCAUGGAUAGAGGUUAGCAGCAACCCUGCAUGGUCUGGUUCUUCAUCUAAUCAAUCGUUCAGCAUUGACCCAACAACUUCACUGAAAGAGGAGCUUACAAUGCCCCAUAACUCUGUCAAGACAAAAGCAUCCCUAUUGUCUAAUUUUGAUUUUUUCAGAGAUGUAAACAAUUUAUUGCCAAACAGUCAAGAUGAACCAGUGGAGUGGCUGAUUUCUUUUGACAUCUUAGAAGUGGAGACUAUUGGCAAAGAUUAUUUGGAAGAUGAAGUGAAUGAAGAGUUUAAACACAGAAAAGAAAUAUCUAUUGAAAACAAUCCCUUGAAAAACAGUGCACCUAAAAUUGUUUGUGAUGCUGAUCUUACAAUAAAGGAACAGACAGAACAAAUUUUAUUUAUUCAAAUGGAGUGUUGCGAUGAAAGAACCUUAAGAGAUACCAUAGAUGAUGGACUUUGUAAGAACAAAGAAAGAAUCUGGAGAUUGUUUCGAGAAAUAAUAGAAGGACUAGUACACAUACAUGAAAAGGAAAUAAUUCAUAGAGAUUUGAAGCCAGUAAACAUUUUUUUGGAUUCUUGUGAUCAUGUCAAGAUUGGAGAUUUUGGGUUAGCCAGAACAGAUAUUGCAUUCAAGAACUAUGAAGUGUAUGACAGAGUAACAAGACAAGAUCUUGAUAACAGUUUAUCUGAAGACAGUGCCAGUGACAAAAGUUUAACUGGUGCGGUUGGUACUGUGUAUUAUGUUAGUCCAGAAGUCAUGUCCCACCCAAGUAAAUCUUACUAUGGUCAGAAAGUAGAUAUGUAUAGUCUAGGGGUCAUCUUCUUUGAAAUGUGCUACAGAAGUCUGCCAACUGAACAUGAGAGAGCAAUCAUUCUCAACAAUCUGAGACAUCCUACAAUCAUAUUUCCUCAAGAUUUCAAUGCCACUGAAAAUGCAUUGCAAAUUAAAAUUAUUCGUUGGCUUUUGGCUCAUAAUCCUAAGAUGAGACCAACAUCUAAAGAGCUACUGAGUUCUUCAUUGAUUCCAGUCUCUGCUAAACAUGAAACAGAGCUAAGUCAAAUUUUACAUUCAGCUAUAUAUUACCCGAAAUCCAUUUGCCAUAAUCAAAUGUUGACAGCUAUUUUUAAUCAAAAGAUAUCAGAAGAACAGGAAAGAGACUAUGACUUUGCUGCUUAUGAGAAUAUGAUUACAUGGCGCACAUCACUGUUGUAUCAGCAGAUGAAGUCAGCAAUUACGACUGUGUUUACUAAUCAUGGAGCUAUUCAUAUACCUCUGCCUUUGUUCAUGCCCAAAUGUAAUGUCUAUGAUGAGGAUGUUCCAUUAGUCAAAGUAAUGAACAGCAAAGGAGGAAUAGUGUCUAUACCAAUGGACCAGAGGGUUUCUUUUGCUCGCUUUGUUGGAAGAAAAAACAUCUGUUCUUUGAAAAGAUUCUCCAUUGAAAAAGUGUUCAGAGAAAAGAAAUGCCAUGAUGUUCAUCCAGCAGAAUUGACAGAAUGUGCUUUUGAUGUUGUCUAUACGUCUGAUAGUUUAAUAGCAGACUCUGAAGUUCUCAUUAUAGUCCAAGAAAUUUUGAACCAAUACCCCAGUCUGCAGGCAAGGAGAAUAUGUGUUAAAAUAAACCACAUGUUCUUAUUGAAAGCUCUACUUCUUUUUUGUGGGAUAUCAGAGAACAUGCAUCAUCAAAUACUCAAUAUAUUAGCUGAAACUAAAGUUGGAGCACUAAGAUUUGUGUCACUAGAGAAACUAGCUGGCAUAAAACUGUCAGAAACUGUAUUCUCCAAACUGAAUAGUUAUCUAGAUAUUGAAGGAAGUCUCCACAGUGUGGCUUGCAGUCUGACACCUGUCACUUCAUUGCAGUCUAAAGUUGGUUUGAUGGCUAAAGCUGCAUUAGAAAGCAUCAAAACUAUUAUUUCCUUUGCCACCUACAUGGGUUUUGAUUUACAGAUCAAAGUUUCCUUGAAUCUAAUUUUCAAACCUAGCUUGUAUUCUGGAGUAAUGUAUCAAGUUGUGUGUGAUCAAAGCAAGAAUGGAAAAUCAGAAGCACUUGCAGUUGGAGGUCGCUAUGACAAAUUGAUUGAGAAUUUUAUGUUACCAGCUCAGAAAGAGAUUUCCGGUGGCCAAGUGCAUGGCGUUGGAAUCAGUCUUAUGUUGGAGCAUCUGGCUGUUGUGAUUGCCGAAGAUAAGCAGUUUCUGAAGUUGUCACCAUAUGAUUUCCUAGUGUGUUCGUUGGGCAAUAGUGAUAUGACAAAUGAAAAGCUAAUUGUAGUCAAGAAACUGUGGGAUGCAGGAUUGAAGUCAGAUGUGUUAGUAGAGAAAUCUGAAGAGAUGGCGGAUGUGAUCAACAAAUGUCUUUAUAAAGAAGUUUCUUACAUUGUGUCUGUCAUCAAGACAAAACCUCUAACAGUUCAGGUAUACUCUCUAGACCAGGAGCCAGUAGUGACAAGGACCAUGGUCAUUGAUGAAUUAAUUGGAUAUAUUCAAAAGAAACAAAUGGAAACCCUGACAGGGCCUCAAGCUGAAACCCCUUGGCAUGAAAUUUGUUCUUUAGACACUUCAUGGACAGAUAUUUAAAUGUUUGUAUAAUUUUUGAAUAAUUUGAAUUAUUCAAUUUAGAAUCUUGAUAAUUAAGUAUUAUAUCAGACAAAAAAAAGUUUACACACUACCCUCAGAAACUCCUAAUGGGGCUAAAUGAUUUUAGUAAAUCUUAAGUGUUCUUACAAGCCAUCAGCAGUUAAUUAGCACUCUGCGAAUUCUACAUUCUGGGAAUGUCACAAUAAGUGUUUAGACAGCUACUACAAAUCUGUUUUAAAACUUGUCUAUGAUGGUCUGCAUAAUUCUGUGCAUUUCUGGUUGUAACUUUUGUUUCAGCUUAGUAUAUCUUGAGCAGUAUUAUUCUGAAAAUGUCAUAUAUUUGCAUAAUAUACAUUUUUUAAAAAAAUUAAUAAUGAUUAUUUUGUAGUGUUAAUUAUAUUUUUAAUUGAAAUUGUAUCAGCCAUCUAAUCUAGCUCAUUAUUUUUUCUGUUUGUAAUAAAAAAAAAAUAAAAAAUUUGUUAUUAAUUGACUUGGGAUCCAUA